AUGGUUAAAGGAAAGUCACGUCAGAAUAAUGGUCCUUGUGCUGUAUGUGGUCAACAAAAUUCCGGAGAAAAAUUUAGAAAACUGACUGAAAACUUACUUGCUAAAGCAAUAAAAAGUCCUGCUGCUCAACAACUAACGCUUAAACUUAACCUUAACGAUCAAUUAUGUCAACUUCAUUACAAUAAUUUCAUCGUUUAUGAUAGAGGAAUAAUUAAAUCACAAAAUAAAAGAAAAAACACUGAUUUAUCAUAUUAUCCAGAAGGAAAACGAAAAAUUUCUUUAUCACAAGAAAGAUAUGAACACCUUUUAAAUGUAACAAAUACUGUAGAUGGACUUAUGCAACAAUUAGAAGACUUAGGAUCUCAAUUAAAUCAGAUAGAAAAGGCAAGAGAAUCAGAAUCAACAAAUUUUUCAGAGUUUUUCUCAGACAAAAUCGAACGGAUUACAAAUAUUUUAUAUAAAUAUUUUCGCGAAAAAAAUUUACCUGUUUGGGAUGCAAAAGAAUUUGAAGAAUUGAUUGUAAGUCAUGAUCCGGGAGUUAAAGGAUUUUUUGACAUAGUUUUUCAAUCUAUGAAUCCUGAAGGUAAAAAUCUACAAACACAACAACUAUUAAAGCAAAAGGUUAUGUUGCUUUUUUAUCAAAUCGCGGCGAUGAGAAAUAAACAAGUUAGUGGCACCAAAACUGCGAUUGGAUUAUUUCUAAUUAAUUCAGGUGCAUCAGUAACUUGCAUUAAUGCUUUAGCAAAUAUGGGAAUCUGUUCAACAUAUCAAACCUUAUACAAUAAACUAGAAACUAUUGUAAAUAAUCACCAACAUAGCGUGCAAGCAUAUAUUUACAGACAACGUAAUAAACUUAUAAUAGGCUGUAUUGAUGACUAUCAUAAUUUACAUAGUACACGAAUUCCUACUGUAACAUCUAAAGAUCAGAUAUCACAUAUGGCUACUGUGUUAUUUAAUACUAGCGAAGCAUCACCAAUUCCUUAUUAUACUAAUAAUCAUUUACCUAUACAUAAUCCAAAUGGGGUAGAUCCAUUCAUUCUUAAAGAAGCACUGUGGGCUACACAUCUUAUUUCUUUAGGAAAAAGUUAUAAUUCGGUUAAAUUUAACUGGGAUAAUUAUUAUGAGGGCGAGUUAAUGGAAUCAUUAACUAUACAUUCAUAUGAUGCUGAUUUAUGGGAAAGAUAUGGUCGAAAAUUUGAUCAAACAAAACUUGUAGACUUAUUAGAAUUACCAUUAAAAAAUACUAAUAAUUAUAUUCAAGCAAUUCAAUCGUUUAUUGAAUUACCCGAAAUAGUAAACUACUUAAGACAAUAUACCAUUCCUAUUCCUGCAGAUUUUCCAGGACAAUUGUUCAUAAGAAGAGCAAUUGUUAAUAUUUUAAAAUCGAAUAAUAAUGUCCCAACAUCAAAUAACAUUACACAUCUAAUUCCCUUUCUCGGUCCAUUACAUGUCUCACUUAAUAGCCGUGAAUCUGUUUUCCUUGUUUUUUGGUCUUUUUUUAAUCAAUUAUAUUUAACAAUAUUUGAUGCUAAAAAAAAACUUGCAUCUAAACCUAAACCUUGGCGUAUAAAUUUACUAAUGUAUUUAGCGAAUUCAGGAUGGAAACUUAUAAAACAUCUUGUAAUAGCAAGGUUUGGUAAUACAAAGAUUACUGGAUAUAGAACAUUUUUUGAUUUACUCGAUAAUCUUAUUCCAGCAACGCUAGAUAUCUAUACAGUUCUCUUUCGAAAUAACAAAUUUGAUGAAUAUAUUGAUACGAUAUAUCGUUUAUGGUGUAUGAUGAGGAGAUUUCAACGACACAACUAUGAUAAAAUUCUUCUUGCCUUUUUUCUUUUACGAAGACAUACCACAGCAAAAGUUUCUUCAAGUAAAUCUCUUCGACGCGAUGCCCUUUUCAUUGAUAACUUCCGAAAUGAAAAUUUAUUUGCUACAUCAUUUGUACCAAAAAGGGAUUAUCCAUAUAAAAAAAAAGAUUUGGAUGAAAUGAUCAAAAGAACUGCUCUUUUUUUGUUAAACUUCUUUGAUGAAAUUUGGAAAAAUGAUGGUAAGGUAGAAAAAAAAAUGGAAGGAAAACGAACCAAGAAGCCCUAUUAUUAUUUUACAUCUAUUCCUACAAGUUUUCCUUUUGGUGCUUUACCUCUUGGAUACCAUUUUCCUAUACCCCCGAAUAUGAAAAAAUUUUGUGACAAAAAAUUUUGUAAAAAAUCAACAAGUGAUUCAGAAGGUGAAGUUUUGAUAUGUGGCCAUGCAUAUCAUGAAGAAUGUUUUCAGGUAUUAGGUUUAAAGUGUGAACAUUGUUAUAAAUACUUAGAUAAAUCUAUCAAUGAAUUGACAAAUUCAUAUAACCAAAGAUUACAUUUAGAAGAAGCUCAAUUAGAAUUGGAUAUUAAUGAAGAAAUGGAUGAAGAUAAUUGUGAACUUGAAGAGACUGAUGGUUAUAAAUCGAAAAUUGGAACUGACUCCGAAUUACAAAAAAGAAUUUUAGGUAUAUUAAAAAUAUUAUAUUAUAAUAAUAUUUUUAAUUUCUAA